GGUAUGAUAUCUGGUAUAGAGAGGAUUCUAUCAUGACAUUAUAUGGAAAAAAAUGGGUAAAACGUGAAGCAGUACCACACUUAGAAAAGCUGAAAAAAGAAAUAGAGAAUGAAUAUGAUGAAGUGACUAAACAGAAACUGGAGAGAAAAUAUAGAAAUUUCAGACAAAAGGCUGGUAAAGAACUUAAAGCAUAUAUCAUUAAAUGCCAUAAGAAUCCUCAGAACACAGGAAGAGAAGAGAAGACAGCAGUCCCAAUCAACUUCGAAGAAAAUGAAGUGAUGACACGGUUUCAAGGUGUCUGGGUCAAGAGAUCAGCCAUGACUUGGCUUGAUGCAAGUAUUAAAAAAAUGUACGUCUCAAGGAAUGGAGUAAAUGAAUCAGAGCAACUGGUAGAACCAGAAGUACAGAAGAAAAUAAAGAAGCUACUCAGGUUUGCUCACAGACAAUUAAGAAUGGAAGUAAUAAAAAAAUUAAAGGGGCAUGGGGGAGAAUAUAUUAAAUAUGAUGAGAAUUAUGGAGAAAACAAAUCUAAAACAUGCUCCCCUGAUGAAUUGGAAACUAAAGUUCUGUCUGCAUUUGAACAUAAGCCAACAGAACAUUCAAUUUAUAAUUCUUAUAAAGAAAAGGGGAAAAAACAUACUUUUGACAAUGAUUGGAAAGCAAAAAAUGCUUUUGAAAGAUUAGAUGAAGAUGUACAUAAAGGUGGGGUGACUGGAAGAAAAUUUAUCUUUGAUGAGUAUGGUGAUAUCAUUGAAAAUGCACAUACAAGGAAGAAAGAAGAUAUAAACAAAGGAAAGAUAGAUGGGGGGAAAGUUAUUUUUGAUGAGCCAAACAUGAAAGAUACAAAGAAAGGAAAAGGAAAUGACUUUCUAUGUGGAAAAAUAGGAAAUGGAAAAAAAAUUAUUUUUGAUGAUGAUGGAGUAGCUGUUGAAGAUAUACAUAAAGAAAGAAUACAUAAAAACUUUACUGAAGAGAAUGACACUUCCUGUCUGGAAAAGGCACACAUUGCCAGCCAGUGUCAAGGGCCAAAUAUGAAUUCAUCUGUAAACUUGAAACCUUUAAAGACAAAGAAGCCUUCAAAAUUCCUCAAUAUAAAAUACGAUGACAACCCAGACAUUGUGAAAUCUGAUGGAUUUUAUGUUUCAAGAAAAGGCCUAAAACGACUCAAUAAAUUGAAGGGAGAGCUGUCUGCUAAAGGGAUGCCUGAUGAAAAACUGUGCAAGAUUUUGCGGAAGGAGCGACAAAAAGAGGAACGAUUAGUAAAGAGAAAGCACAAGCUCAGGACAGAAGAAAAAGAAGAGACUGAUAAAUCAGAGUGACAAGACAGUGUUUAUUGACAUUGGCAGUCUAAUAUAACUUGGGAAAUAGCAUAUUAUAAAGGAUAUCAGAUGUAUAUGUAUCAGAAGUAAUACUGUAUUUAAACACGCCCUCUCCUCUUGCAAAUAAUCUUCCAUUCAUAUAUCAUUUAUAAUUCAUAUAUGUUGUAUAGUUAUAAAACUUAUCAAUUUAGAUAAUAAAAUCUAAAGUAAUGCCAUAA